CAGGGGUAGCAGGGUUUAGGGUCCGCCAUGUCAGAACGGCACACCCAAGUACCUUUCCGAGGGCAGACAACACCAGCACAACAGCCUCCAAGCCACUUCCGGAGGAGGCGGUCCAGCCCCAACUAGCCGAGCGGCUGCGGCCGAGCCAAGCCCCAACUAAUCGAUGAUCUCGCCUCAAAACUUCAGUUAGGCUGAGGAAAAGGAGAUGGCUUCAGACGAGGGUGGGAGAGAAAACGAGUUACAUUCUCGGCGUCAUCUGAAGUGAAGGUUUUCUCAGAUUUUCCUCCACAAGCUUCUUCAAUCUUCUGACCUGCGGAGCGACUUUCAAGCAGCUGGCUGGAUGUUCGUCACAUUGAAAAAUAUGUAGACCAGGGUAAAAGUGGAACAAGAGAAUUACUUUGGUCCUGGGCACAGAAAAACAAGACUAUUGGUGACCUUUUACAGAUUCUCCAGGAGAUGGGGCAUCAUCGAGCUAUCCAUUUAAUUGCAACUUAUGGGGCAGCCUUGAAUCCUUCAGAGCAGAGUCAUCAGGGAAAAGGAUUUCCGAUCACGUUAUCCAAGGAAACAGCUAGUGUCACAGUGGAUAAUGUUCUUAUUCCUGAACAUAAUGAAAAAGGAAUAUUGUUUAAAUCCUCCAUCAGCUUUCACAACGUCAUAGAAGGAACCAGAAAUUUCCACAAAGACUUUUUAAUCGGAGAAGGGGAAAUUUUUGAGGUAUACAGAGUGGAAAUCCAAAACCGAACAUAUGCCAUUAAAUUAUUUAAACAGGGGAAAACAAUGCAAUGUAAGAAACAAUGGAAGAGCUUUUUAUCUGAGCUUGAAGUUUUACUGCUGUUCCAACAUCCAAACAUAUUGGAGUUGGCUGCAUAUUUUACAGAGAGUGAGAAGUUUUGCCUGGUUUAUCCGUAUAUGAGAAAUGGAUCACUUUUUGACAGAUUACAGUGUGUAGGUGACACAGCCCCACUCUCUUGGCACAUUCGAAUCAGUAUAUUAAUAGGAACAACCAAAGCCGUUCAGUACUUGCACAACACGGAACCGUGCUCCGUCAUCUGUGGCAGUAUAUCAAGUGCAAACAUACUUCUGGAUGAUCAGUUUCAACCCAAACUAACUGAUUUUGCCAUGGCACACAUCCGACCCCACCUAGAACCUCAGAGCUCUGUCCUAAGCAUGACCAGCAGCAGCAGUAAGCAUUUGUGGUACAUGCCAGAAGAGUAUAUCAGACAGGGCAAACUUUCUGUUAAAACAGACGUCUACAGCUUUGGAAUUGUAAUAAUGGAAGUUCUGACAGGUUGUAAAGUGGUGUUAGAUGAGCCAAAGCAUAUCCAGCUGAGGGAUCUCCUUAUAGAAUUGCUGGAGAAGAGAGGCCUCGAUUCAUGUAUCUCAUUUCUAGAUAAGAAAGUACAUCCCUGUCCUCGGAAUUUUUCCGCCAAGCUGUUCUCUUUGGCAGGCCAGUGUGCUGCAACACGGGCAAAAUUAAGACCCUCGAUGGAUGAAGUCCUAACUGUCCUUGAAAGUACUCAAGCCAGCUUGUAUUUUGCGGAAGAUCCUCCCACAUCCUUGAAGUCCUUCAGGAGUCCUUCUCCUCUGUUCUUCGAUAAUGUACCAAGUAUUCCAGUGGAAGAUGAUGAAAACCAGAAUAAUCCAUCGCUGCCUCACGAUAAAGGUUGGAGAAAAGGGAGAACGACUCAGAAAACUCCCUUUGAAUGCAGCCAGUCUGAGGUUACAUUCCUGGGCUUUGACAGAAAGACAGGGAGUGGGAGGAAUGAGGACACUAGCAACGUGCCCAGUUCUGCUUGUGAAGAAAGUUGGUCUCCAAAGCCUGCAGCUCCAUCCCAGGAUGUGAGGGCCUCUGGUGUGAAUAGGGACCCUUCUGCGGAAGUUCCAGGGCAUUCCUACAGGAGCAUGCCAGUGGAGGCUAGCUGUUCCUCUGAAUUUUCCUGGAAUGAAUGUGAACAGUGCAAAAAGGCAUCAGUUUCACCAGAAGAUAAAGAAGAAAGCAAGUAUUGCUGAGGCACCUGAGUACAGGUCUCAUCCUGGGAAGACAUUGUCUUUAUUGGGAGCGCCAAGAGGAUGAUUGAUGGUGAACUUGGGUAAUGCAGAUCAAUGAUCGGAACAAUUCUAUUCCAUUCCUUCCAACUUGUAGAACAGAGUGGCUUAAAGUUUUGUUUUAGCACGAUCAUUGCCUCAUGAUCAAACCUGGACUAAAUUAGAACCAUUCAGAAUUACUUAAGAUUGUAGACUGUGACUUCAGACCAACAAAACAAUCAAAACCUACCAAAAUGGAAGUGGAUUCCAGUGUCUUCUCCCUCAGCAUCCACGUGACUCCUCAGAGCCUCCAGUCUGCCAGGUACACUCAGUUCAGUUGGAUUCCCUUGUUUUGGUUUAGCUUGCUUGCGAAGGUCGUCAGAAACGUCUAACUUGUAAAUGUUAAUAGAUACCAUACCUUUUUAAAGAAUUGCCUUUUUGCUUAUUUCAAUCAACUCUUAGUAUAUUUCUGUUCAUCCCUGUCAAGUCUGCCUAUCUGAACAUGAGCCAUGAC